AUGGGUCACACAUUACAAAGAUCUUCGUCUAUUGCUGACGGAAGUGUGAGGCUUGCUGAUGGGGACACUCCAAAUGAAGGUCGAGUGGAAAUAUAUCACAAUGGGCGAUGGGGAACAGUAUGCGAUGACGUCUGGACUUCAACUAACGGAGGAGUGGUUUGUAAGCAACUAGGAUACCGAUACUACCACAGUAGACUAUCUAAUAGGCCAGGUAAUGGGAGUAUAUGGAUGGACAAUGUCAGAUGCAGUGCAAGUGACUUAAGAUUACAGCAUUGCUCAUUUCGUGGUUGGGGAAGUCACAAUUGUGUUCAUAGAGAGGAUGUAGGCGUAAUAUGUGGUGAGUGUAAAAUUACAAAAUGUCCAAUUUGGUUUUUAUUUUGUUACAUAAUAAGAUUAUUUGCUUAUGAGUGUAAAAUUGCGUUAGAUAAAAUAACCAAGGAACUUACAAAAAUUUGUGCAGGAAAUGCACUCGAAGGUGACGUUCGACUUGUUAAUGGAUAUACUGCAAAUGCAGGAAGGGUUGAAAUUUAUCACAAUGGGGAGUGGGGUGGCGUGUGCGCUGACGGUUGGGAUUUGAAUGAUGCGAAUGUGGUGUGUAAACAACUCGGUUACUCACACGCUCAUAGUGCCACUACUGGCUCAAAUUUUGGGCAAGGCUGCGGAAGAAUAUGGAUGAGCAAUAUCAAUUGCCAUUCUUGGUUGUAUUCACGACUAGUCGACUGCCCUUUCUCAGGCUGGGGCGAACGCAGCUGUGAUCAUUCUGGAUAUGCGGGUGUGAUCUGCGAACAUCCAACUGAGUAUCCAACUACUGACGCAAUGACAACAUCUACUCCAACCGCAGCCAAGAGAUUUGCUGACCCCUGUUUUCUACCAGCUUCGUUCAUUGCUGACGGAAGUGUGAGGCUUGUUGAUGGGAACACUCCAAAUGAAGGUCGAGUGGAAAUAUAUCACAAUGGGCGAUGGGGAACAGUAUGCGAUGACGUCUGGACUUCAACUAACGGAGGAGUGGUUUGUAAGCAGCUAGGAUACCCAUACUACCACAGUAGACUAUAUAAUAGGCCAGGUAGUGGGAUCAUAUGGAUGGACGAUGUCAGAUGCAGUGCAAGCGACUUAAGAUUACAGCAUUGCUCAUCUCGUGGUUGGGGAAGUCACAAUUGCGGUCAUAGAGAGGAUGUAGGCGUAAUCUGUGGAACUGUAAACGACGGUGACGUUCGACUUGUUAAUGGAUAUAGUGCGAAUGCAGGAAGGGUUGAAAUUUAUCACAAUGGGGAGUGGGGAGGCCUGUGCGCUGACGGUUGGGAUUUGAAUGAGGCGAAUGUGGUGUGUAAACAACUCGGUUACUCACACGCUCGUAGUGCCACUACUGGCUCAUAUUUCGGGCAAGGCUGCGGAAGAAUAUGGAUGAGCAAUAUUAAUUGCCAUUUUUGGUUGUAUUCACGACUAGUCGACUGCCCUUUCUCAGGCUGGGGCGUACGCAGCUGUAAUCAUUCUGGAUAUGCGGGUGUGAUCUGCGAACAUCCAACUGAGUAUCCAACUACUGACACAAUGACAACAUCUACUCCAACCGCAGCCAAGAGAUUCGCUGACCCCUGUUUUCUACCAGCUUCGUUCAUUGCAGACGGAAGUGUGAGGCUUGUUGAUGGGAACACUCCAAAUGAAGGUCGAGUGGAAAUAUAUCACAAUGGGCGAUGGGGAACAGUAUGCGAUGACGUCUGGACUUCAACUAACGGACGAGUGGUUUGUAAGCAGCUAGGAUACCCAUACUACCGCAGUAGACUAUAUAAUAGGCCAGGUAGUGGGAUCAUAUGGAUGGACGAUGUCAGAUGCAGUGCAAGCGACUUAAGAUUACAGCAUUGCUCAUUUCGUGGUUGGGGAAGACACAAUUGCGGUCAUAGAGAGGAUGUAGGCGUAAUCUGUGCAACUGCAAGCGACGGUGACGUUCGACUUGUUAAUGGAUAUACUACAAAUGCAGGAAGGAUUGAAAUUUACCACAAUGGGGAGUGGGGAGGCGUGUGCGCUGACGGUUGGGAUUUGAUUGAUGCGAAUGUGGUUUGUAGACAACUCGGUUACUCACACGCUCGUAGUGCCACUACUGGCUCAUAUUUCGGGCAAGGCUGCGGAAGAAUAUGGAUAAGCGAUAUUAAUUGCAAUGUUUGGGGGUAUUCACGAUUAGCUGACUGCUAUUUCUCAGGCUGGGGCGUACGCAGCUGUGAUCAUUCUGGCUAUGCAGGUGUGAUCUGCGAAUCACCUGUACCAACCACUGACUUGUUAUUGUGGAAUGCAACAACUUCUCCAUCCACACAUAACUUGUGGGUGCGGCAUACAACAACGGCUUAUCCACAUGACUUGCGGUGGUGGUAUACAACUUCACCGCCUGGAAAACAUGAUAAAUCAGCGACUCCAAUAAUUGUUGGAAUUACAGUUUCUGUAACAUCGGCUGUAUUGGUAUUUGUUAUCGUUUUAAUCGUCAUAAUCCGGGUAAGGCGCAAACAGGAGAUCACUACAACAACGACGACAACAAGUACUCAAGUAUCGGCUGGACAACCGGCGCAGGCACAGUCGGUACUUUUUGUACCAUCUGCAUAUCUGAAUGUGACAUAUCCCAGUCUUCACUUCCAUUCUAAUGAAUUGGGAGCUCCGCCUUCUUACGAGGCGGUGAUUGGCUAUCGAGGCGAUAGUCAAACAGUGAACUUUGGUGGGAUGAAUCAGCAAUACGUCGCCUGACCUCUUCUGCAUUGAUUGGCAAUGUAUCUUAAAUGUGACAAAGCUGCCGUUUAUAUAUCUCGUCUCGUAGCGUAACGGUGUAAUGUGUGCAUUUGAAUUUUAUCAAAAAUAGUAGUGAAUGGUUGAUUUUACUGAUUAGAAUAUUUAAAAUUACAUGUUUUAGAAUUUUUAGAUGAGAUUGGAUUAUUGCUGGUAAAUUAAUGAAUGUUUUGUCUAGCUUGUAUUGCUAUAAUGUGAAAGUACUUUAGGACUGCACAUCUUA